AUGCGCGUCAUGACGGCUACCCGGAACACAUAGAGAUUGGAAGCCACGUUGACAAUGAAGUGGUGUUUUGUUUCAUUCCAAAACCGGUGAAAUAACGGUAACUGCACCGGUGUGUCUGUCCAGCGGCCAAAGGGGUUGAAAAUCGUACAGAAGGACAAGCCACUUCACCGGAAAGAUGAGUGUAGGAUUCAUCGGAGCCGGCCAGCUGGCUCACGCGCUGGUGAAAGGGUUCGCAUCUGCGGGUGUAAUAGCUACUCAGAGAAUCAUAGCCAGUUCUCCAGAUACUGAUCUGCCUACUGUUGCUGGCCUGAGGAAAAUGGGUGCUAUCCUCACCACCAGUAACAAGGAGGUGGUGAACAAGAGUGAUGUCCUGUUCCUGGCAGUCAAACCCCACAUCAUCCCCUUUGUGCUGGAUGAGAUUGGACCAGACAUAGAGGAUAGACACCUUAUAGUGUCCUGUGCUGCAGGAGUCACCAUCAGCUCUAUAGAGAAGAAGCUGCUUCAGUACCGUCCGUUCCCCAAGGUGAUGAGGUGUAUGACCAACACCCCCGUCGUGGUGAGAGAGGGAGCUACAGUCUACGCUACAGGAACACAUGCUGAGGUGGAGGAUGGUAAGUUGUUGGAACAGCUGAUGGCCAGUGUUGGGUUCUGUACAGAGGUGGAGGAGGACCUUAUCGAUGCCGUCACCGGCCUCAGUGGCAGCGGCCCCGCCUACGCGUUCACAGCUCUGGAUGCCCUAGCCGAUGGAGGGGUGAAGAUGGGUCUACCCAGGAGACUAGCGGUCAGACUGGGAGCUCAGGCACUACUGGGAGCAGCUAAGAUGUUGUUGGACUCUGAGCUGCACCCUGGCCAGCUGAAGGACAACGUGUGUUCCCCUGGGGGAGCCACCAUCCACGCCCUGCACGUGAUGGAGAGUGGCGGAUUCCGCAGUCUGCUCAUCAACGCCGUGGAGGCUUCUUGUAUCAGGACACGGGAGCUGCAGUUCCUAGCGGACCAGGAGCGCAUCUCCCCGGCAGCCAUUAAGAAGACCACCCUGGACAAGGUCCUGCAGCAGCCUGGGGUCAGCCAGGGGUCAGGGGUCAACGGCAAGCCAGGACUCAGCCUCAGGAGAAACCCCCCAGGACCUGUCAAGAAGAACAACUGAGAUGGAGACACACACACACACACACCACCUAUAACACCAGGACUCAGCGUCAGGAGAAACCCCCCCAGGAUCUGUCAAGAAGAACAGCGAUGGAUGGACACACACUCUCUCUCACAACAUUUGGAAAUGCAGCUUGCACAGACCCAUAGCGUUGUCUGACAGGGAGUCUGUGUACACACACGUGAACAGAAAUGCAUGUACAACAUGCCGCCUAUCUACCUUGUCUUCAGUCUGUCUGAGGAUGUGUGUCUCCGCGGUGAUAACGACCCAAUGGGCCAAAACAUCAGUGAAUAUUUCAGAUAGAAAUGCUAUGCAUAGAGCUGACAUGAGUCCUUAUUCUGCAUGACAGAGGAAUGCAUAGAAUCUGUUCUUUGCAAUUCAUUUCUUUCUGAGCGUUUUCUUUUUAAUGUUUCCCCUGCAGCCGAAGCAGGCAACAGAUGGCUUCAGUGAUGGCUUUUUUUGCCUGAUGACUCAAACUGAAUUCUUCCCACUGCUCUGUUCACUGCACAUGUUGAAGUUGUUUGUGGUGAUGUCAUAAUGAGGGAUGUUGUACAAAAAAUGAUCAGCGAUUGGAUCAUCUCGAACAAUCAGAGCAUCAAAGCCAAUGACGCAUCAUUUUUUUUUAAAUGCCUCUUUACUCACGUGUGCUUUGGUUCUGGCCCAACCCAUUGGUUUCUGGGACCAAUCGGAACCUUUGUUUGUUCAGGACAACCGUCAGGGGCGGGGUACUCAGAUCCAGACUCAUUGCGGAGAAUUAAUGCUAGUGGUCUAGCGUUUUCAUGGGAGCAAGGCGUUUGGGUACCUAGGCAAGCCAUUUCUAAGGCAGUGUCCCAAAUUGCACCCUAUUCUCCCCCUCCCCAAUAGGGGUCAAAGGUAGUGCACUAUAAAGGAAAUAGGCUGCCAUUUGGGAUUUACGCCAAGUGUACUAUACAGAGAGUUCCAAUGUAUUUAAUAUGAAGCCAGAUCACGCCAUGAAAACCCUUUUAUUUUGCUUGUUGUGAUUUGCUUGUCAUUAUUCUUGGCCUACAGUGUUAUUUUAUGGACUGACUGAACAACAAUUGUUUUGAGUUUUUGUUUUUUACAUAUUCUAUUGUCCGUAUGUUGCGGUCACCAUCAGGACAAAAAAUGAACACUAGCCACCAGACAAAUGAACAGUAGCCACCAGACAAGUGAACACUAGCCACCAGACAAAUGAACAGUAGCCACCAGACAAGUGAACACUAGCCACCAGACAAAUGAACAGUAGCCACCAGACAAGUGAACACUAGCCACCAGACAAAUGAACAGUAGCCACCAGACAAGUGAACACUAGCCACCAGACAAAUGAACAGUAGCCACCAGACAAGUGAACACUAGCCACCAGACAAGUGAACACUAGCCACCAGACAAGUGAACACUAGCCACCAGACAAGUGAACACUAGCCACCAGACAAGUGAACACUAGCCACCAGACAAGUGAACACUAGCCACCAGACAAAUGAACACUAGCCACUAGUAAUCUGCAUAGAUUACCAGAACUAAACCAGAUCUGGAGAUGUGUUCAACAUCUCAGUAACCACAGCAACGUGAUGUAACAAUCUGAUCAUCUGCAUAGAUUACCAGAACUAACCCAGACCUGGAGACAUGUUCAACAUCUCAGUAACCACAGCAACGUGAUGUAACAAUCUGAUCAUCUGCAGACAUAUUCAGUCUAUCUGUUAAGUGAGGAAGACUCAUCCUUCAGCGAAGAAGAUGCUACCAUGUUAUUAUGUCUCUCUGAAAGGGAAUGUGGUAUUUAACCUUCCAGUAUAUCUACUUUAUCUCUGUCGUCAGUGUAUGUUUUGAUACUGAUUAGGAAAAUGUGUAUGGUCAAUUACCAAAGGCUCUGUCCUACAUUGUAUAUUGAGUUAGCAUAUGUUAGUGAAAGGAGGCAAGUCGAGGAAGCUACUUACCAUAGAGUAUUGGGAUGCAGCCCAGCUCUAGCUGUUCAGUUGUUUCAACUCAGCAUCUGGAGACACAGAGGAAGUCACAGUACAGUAUGAUGAUGUCCUGCCCCCCCCCCCCCCCCCUUUGCCUUGACAAGUACAGUUCUACAGAUGUCAUGGCCCGUCAUCGUCACGUACUCAACGGGGGACAGACGGGGUACAGUUUCAACCCCAGUGCCCCCGCGGAUACAAAUAGACAUUUGUGAAGAGUGGCUGUGUACCAAAUGGCACCCUGUUCCCUACAUAGUCCUCUAAGGGUCCUGGUCCAGUGUUGUCUACUAUACAGGGAAUGUGGUGGCAUUUGGGAGUCAGGAUGCAGACAGUUUUUCCCUCACUGCCAUAGAUACGGAUUCUGAUUGGUUGGUGAGGGAGGAAACGAGCCGACCGGUUUUAGAACCCUGUCGGCAUUCUGAAGGAGGUGGGUGACAUCUCAGGUCCAGGAGAGGUUCAGGUCAGGGUGGAUGUGGCAUUCUAUACCCUAUACAGUGCAACACUUCUGACUAGGACCCAUAGGGCUGUGGUCAAAAGUAGUGCACUAGGAAAUGUGGGUGCCAAUGAGCAUGCACAGACUGGCUCUUGGGGUUACCCAACGUCAACAUCUACUUUUUGGUGGCACAUUGAUAUUUAAAUUGUUAUGGGGGUGACCCCCAGCCCUCCUGCAUUUCAAAUCAUGGUUCAUUUCCUGUCUUUUUUCUCUCCUUUUAUACUCUAAACUUUAAAGUCAAACUAAAAGAAAGUCAUCCAAGUUCAUUUUACUUCUACAAUAACUUUUAUAUUGCCUUCAACAAUAUUACAGGACACAGGCCAAUUGUUUGUUUGCCUCUGAAAUAUGACUGCAGAAGACCAUGUUGUGUGAGAGUUGUCCUCCACGGCGUGUCCAUUGUAAAGUCUGCAGUUUGAAUAGAAGACAUACUUUACGAGGCACCAGGUGUAGAAGGUAAUGACAAUAUGCAGGGAAACCGUGGAGACAAGCGUCAGUGGAGAUAAAUGUUCCCCAAUCACAGCGGAACAAUACUAACCGCUUGCAGCCUACAGGAUUAGCUAGAUUACGGUUAAAAGUGGCCUUUGAUUAAAGUGUGUGUGUGUGUAAAAAAUAAAUAAAGGCCUUGAUUAAAA